AUGGUCAAAAUCGAUGAAUUCGCUUGGAUGGACGCAUACGAGACGAAAUGCAAGUACAACAUUGCUGAGACAUGUUGUGCUUCCAUUUCCGUCGACCAGCUACGCGAGCUGUCUGAGGACAAAGAUCGACAGGUUUUCGACACCUCGCGUGUCCUGACUUACGGUGAUAUCAGAGGAAGUGACGAGCUACGCAAUAACCUCGCACGGCUUUACUCUGCAAAAGUCACGAACCCUCUCUCUCCAGACAAGAUCCUCAUCACUCCUGGUGCCAUCCAAGCCAACUACCUGACUGCAUACGCUCUCGUCGGCCCUGGAGACCAUGUCAUCUGCCACUACCCCACCUACCAAUCUCUCUAUGAGGUACCCAAACAAUUAGGUGCCGAAGUGGACCUGUGGAAAGCUACACCGGAGAACAAAUGGGUGCCAAAAAUUGGCGACCUGAAGUCGCUCAUCAAGCCCAACACUAAGCUCAUUAUCAUCAACAACCCAAAUAACCCCACUGGCGCUGUCCUGGGCAAGACUUUCUUACAAGAGCUCAUCGACGUCGCUUCGGAAAAGAAGAUUACCAUCAUGUGCGAUGAGGUCUACCGACCAUUGUUUCAUUCUAUUAGUCCGUUGGACAAGGAGUUCCCACCCUCCCUCCUGUCCAUGGGCUACGAGAACGUCAUCGUCACGGGUUCCAUGUCAAAAGCCUAUUCACUCGCUGGUAUCCGCAUUGGAUGGAUUGCCUCUCGCAGUUCUGAACUCAUCGAGAAGAUCGCUUCAGCACGCCAUUACACCACCAUCUCUGUGUCCUACUUCGACGAAUGCAUCGCAGCCUAUGCCCUACACGCUUCGACAGUGCACCAGCUCCUAGCCCGCAAUAUCGGUCUCGCGAGGACUAACAUGGCCAUCUUGGAGAAGUUCCAACUCAAGAACGAAGAUGAAUGUGAGUGGGUGAAGCCCGUUGCAGGCACUACAGCUUUCGUCAAGUUCCACAGGGAAGGCAAGCCAGUGGAUUCUGUGGAUUUUUGCAAAAAGCUCCUAGAGGCUACAGGCGUCAUGUUUGUACCGGGAAGUACCUGUUUCGGCGAAGAGUUCAAGGGCUACGUCAGGAUUGGUUAUGUCAACCAGACGGACGUUGUAAAGGAGGGACUAGAUGCCGUGACAAAGUUCAUACGGAAAAACCUCGACGACGUAGAGCUAGCAGCGUAG